GUAGCGACGCUUGUUGGAGUUUAGACAAGCGGAGAGAGCAAAAUGGCGGACGAAGAUAUUACGCUUGAUGGAAAACCUCUACAGUCGCUCCGAGUUGCGGAUCUGAAGGCCGCUCUGGAGCAAAGAAACCUCUCAAAGAGCGGGCAGAAAAACACACUCAUUAAACGACUCAAAGGGGCUCUGAUGCUGGAAAAUCUUCAGAAGUCGUCGUCCUCACACAGCGGUCUGCAGCCCAACUCGCAGAUAGGUGAGGAGAUGAGCCAGAAUAGCUUCAUACAACAGUACCUGGCCAAACAGCAGGAGCUCCUUCGCCAGAGGCUGGAGAGAGAAGCCCAGCAAGAUGAAGAGGCAGACGACAGUCCAGCAGUGCCGGAGGAGGAUGAAGACCACUCUGAGGACAAUGACACCUCUCCCUAUGUCUCUGACAAGCAGCAUCGCUCCAUACACUCCCAGCCCUCAAUGACCAGGGUGGAGGAGAAAGGAAGCGAUUCAGUGAUGGUUCAUGGGACAAUGGACCGUGGCCCCAACAUGGGCCCAGGUCCUGCCCUCCACCCCCAGGAGUCCUUUGAGGCCCCAGGAGCUAGGAUGCUGCGGGCCACCUUUCAUCAAGGACAUAUGGAGCCACCUGCCCCCUCUCCUCCCCGUGCUGUAGCCUCUCUGUCAGUGCGCGUCCUGGGCCAGCCUGACCACCAGGGGCUUCCACCUGCCAUACCCAGAGCUCAGGAGAAGGAGGGCACUGCACCCAGUGAACCAGGAUCAGCUCAUCCUGUCCUCCACCUCAGCCGAUCUGCCGGUGCGGGAGGUCACAUGCAUGAGGACAAUGAUAAAGAUGACAGUGGUGAUGAUGAAAGCGAGGAUGACGAGGAUUGGGGGUCUGGUUCUGGUGCGGCACGAAGGGGCAACAGAGCACCUCCCCAGCUGCAGCAGAUGCCCCCCAGUGUCCCGUCAACAUUUGGAAGAUCCAAACGCAAGCUUCAACCUCCACAGCACAUCCCACCACCACAGGCACACCACACCCCAAUGCAACUACGCCACCCCACUCCUCCUCCCUCACCGCCCCCUAACCUGUUUCCCCUACCUGACACUCCCAAGCAGAGCCCACCAGACCCAGACAACCAGGGGGGAGAAGGCCCUGAACCUGCACGCGAUCCAAGGGUGGCACCGUUCCCACCACCGGCCGUGCAGAGGCAAGACUCUGACUCAAGCUCUCGUUCUAGCAGUCCUGAGCCCCCUGUGAAGCGAGGACCAGGACCGCUUUCUCUGCUUGUACACAAGAUGGAGUCAGAGGAGGCCACCUCAGCUGCAGAUAUGUCAGGAGAAUCAGCACACUCCACUGCUGGGCCUACCAGUUCCAGCAACUCUCCACUGCAAAAUUUGGAGAGAAAGAGUCUACAGGAGAGCAGGGAUAUUGAGGAAGUGAUGCGCCCGAAGGAGGAGAAGAAGAGAGAAGAACACCAGGAGCAGAAGAGAGAAAGAAAGAAGAUACAAGAACUGGAGAGAGAGAAGAAGCACCUGGAUGAAGACAAGGAAGAGGAGAGGAAGCGAGAGAAGAAACUGCAUCAGAAAGAGGAGCAAGGAAAAGAGAGAAAGUACCAGGAAGAGGAAAAAGAGAAAGAACAUCAGGGUGAGAAGAGCAGAGAGGAACAAGUGCAAAAGGAGACGUACAAGAGAGAGGAGACAGCCAGCAAAGUGACUGUGACUAAAGCCCAAGAUUCAGAUUCCUCAUCAGAUUCUGACUCCAAGUCAGACUCCUCUUCACGUUCAUCACAAUCUUCCACCUCCUCUGGGGAUAAAACCCGCCCUGCUGAGAAGCCGAAGAAGUCAGGCCAAGGACAAGAAACCAAUGAUGGGGAAAAGACAAACCUGAAUAAAGGGGCAAAGAAGCGAUGCCUUUCUGAAAGGGAGGUGUCAGAGCCCAGCGCAGCUGCUGUGACCGAGGUGGAAGCAGACUCGGAGAGCACCAUGGCCCAGCAGCCACCCUCUGGCGCUGAGCCUGAAAACAGUGAGGGCCGCCUGGAGGAGAGCACCACCCCUAAGGCUUUUGCUGCUCGCAAGAUAUCCUUGACCAGCAGUAAGACGUCUCCAGCCACCACAGAUGGAGGAACAGGAGACGCCGAGACAGGAAGUGCAGCAGGGAGGAAGAGGCGGUGGGGCUCCAGCACAUCGGUCACUGCUAAGAAACCUUCCAUCAGCAUCACCACUGACUCACUGAAGUCUUUGAUCCCAGACAUCAAAGUGAACCAAGAGGCAGUUGUGGAGCUGCACCCAGAGGAGCUGCAACUGUCCGGGGACGAAGAGAGCCUGGACGCCAGCCGGGGCGACCAGGAUAAAGGCCUCAAGAUCCGACGCACCGUCACACAGGUUGUCCCAGGUGACAGCCAGGAGAACGGUCAGACAAAUGAAGAGGAAGAGGAGGCGAAAACAGAGAAGGAACAACAACGGAGGAGUUCAAGAGACAAAAGGACAAACAGCAUUUCUGAGGAGGCCUUGGAAACACAGACAUCUGUCAUGCUUGAUGGAGAGGCAAAGAAAGUUACCCCGAGCGACAGUGUGGUGCGUCGCUCCAUAAGUCAACAGAAGUCUGGCAUGUCUGUCACCAUCGACGACCCCGUCCGCACUACUAGGCAGCCCUCGCCACCUCAUGGCAAAGUCUCAAAUAUCAUCCAUGUGACCAACCUGGUGCGACCCUUCACCCUGGGACAACUGAAGGAGCUGCUUAACAGGACAGGCAGCUUGGUAGAAGACGGCUUCUGGAUCGAUAAGAUCAAGUCUCACUGCUUUGUCACAUACGCCACGACAGAGGAGGCAGUCGCCACUAGAGCUGCCCUCCACAAGGUCAAAUGGCCUCCGAGCAACCCCAAGGUCCUGAACGUCGACUUCUGUGAGCAGGAUGAGCUGGACUUCCACAAAGGUAUCCUGAAGCCAGAAAAGGAGAAAGAGCAGGUCACCCCGCCAGGUGGUCCUCAGAACCGGCUGCCCCCUCUGAUGCCCGAGCGAGACAGGGACAGAGAAAGAGACCGUGACAAGGACAGGGACAGGGAGCGAGACCGGGAAAGGGAACGAGGCAUGGGGGGAGUGCGGGACCUGUGGGCCGAGCGGGAGAGGGAGAUGCAGCGUCGGGAACGAGCCCGUGGAGAGCGGGAAUGGGACAGGGACAAGGUCCGGGAAUUUGCAAGACCGGGAGAGGACGGACAACGAUCUCGAUCCAGAGACAGAGAGCGGAAGAGGAGGGAGAGGGCCAAGAGUAAGGAGAGGAAGACGGAUAAGAAAGAGAAAGGAGAUGAGCCUCCGGCCAAAUUGCUGGAUGACUUGUUCCUCAAGACCAAAACUGCUCCGUGUAUUUACUGGCUUCCCCACACCGAGGAGCAGGCGGUGCAGAGACUUUUGGACCGCACAGAGCGGCAAAAGGAGCGCGAACGAAGGCACAAGGAGCAGCAAGAGGAGGAGGACAAGAAGCGGGAGGAGGAGAGGAAAGAGAGGCUGAAGGGGCGGGAGAAAGAAGGCGUCUCUGCGGCGAGCAGCGGAGCUGCCGGGCGAGGGGCCGACGGAGACAGAGAGAGGGACCGUGGCCGAGACCGAGAGGGAGACAAGAAGAGGGACAGCGGACACCGGCCCAGACGACCCUCUCCAAGCGCUGGUGGCGGACGACGCUCUCGUAGCCGUAGCAACCCCAGGGACAGACGCCGCUAAGGGCAGAGUGGCUGCAGGGAAAGCUGAAGAGAGAGAAGGGAUGCGGCUUAGCGGAGGACACUGCAGACAGGAAGUCUUGGGGCGGGGAGGGGGCGUGUUUCCACUUCUGGAGAGGCAUUUGUUUGCCUGAAUUUCAGGACUUGUGUCUGCUCCUCGCUACCUGCCCCACUGUGCUUUGAUUCGUCCACUUUGGCGCCGGCGUCGUCUUCCACACUCUUUGCCCGCAUCGUCUACAUCAGUUCACACAGAAAUUGUUGAUUACAUGUUUUAUUAAUAGUGAAACAAUGGUUCAUCAAGCCCUAAGCUCCCCCUCUCCUUUCUCUGUCUUCCAGAGGCACAAAGUCAGUCUUUUCCCUUCCUCGUGUAGUGCUGUUAAUUGUCCUCUGUUGAAGAAAAGAAGCAGAGAAGGGUGGUGGUGGUGGUGGUGGGUUUUUUUUUUUUUCUUUUUUAUUUGGCUUGCCUCAGCGUUUUGUCCCACUGAGGUUUGAGAGCCUGCCUCUUUAUUUUAGUCCUGUGGGUGCACAGUUCCUUCCUCUUCAGAGCCCUGUAAUAAAACCAGUCCAAAAUAGAUCCCUGACCUUCAAAUAUUUCCUAGGAUCAGUUUUAGUGUUCUGCUCUUCAGCACCGACAUUUUUUUUUAACAUAUAUAUAUGCAUAUACAUACAAGACUAAAUUUACAAAGCUGUCUUCGUCAAAGGAAAGUUGUUCUGUUUUGUUGAAGUUUUUAUGAAUCAUGUUUCGGCCUUGGAGGGUUGUUGUGUGCUACAACGGGUGUUGUUUGUGUGAGUUAUAACCUUCAUCCCCACCCACAAAGAUACAACUGGUACCGAAGUCUCGACACUGUAGCCUAGAAAAGCGUGUGAUAGAAGAUGUCAUUUUUGCGUGUUGUGACAUGCACAUGCCUGAGUUCAUCUGUACCGUUUUUUUUUCUGUUUGUUUGAGACGAGGAUAUGAAAUUUAUGAAGUUUGUGCUGCAAGAUUUACAGGAAGCUGAUCUUUCUUGCACUAAGGUGUCCACUUGGUAAUUUACCCUCCUCUGACCCUUCAAUCAUAAAUAUUUAAGAGGAGGUACAAAUAAGUUUACCUUCUAAUAGAGAAAUAGUUCAAAUUUUAACAUCUUUAAUUUUAUGUUUUUAGUUUGAAGCAGUUUUUUUUUUUCCCUCGUCCUGCAAGUGCUGAAUGUAUUGAGAACCACACAAAUGAAUAAAUUUAAAUUUGUUACCA